AGAAACAUGGUUUGGUUGGUUCAACUUGCUUGCUUUCUUUCUUUCUUUCAUGUGCAAUAACAAAACCUACGCACCAACAACAACAAAUGAAGAAUCCUCACUGUUUUUUUUGUUGAACAAAAAGCAUUAUUCCUUAUUCUUUCCUGAAAACCCAAAAACCAAAACCCCAAAUUUCAGAGGAAUCUUUGUGGGGAAGACAAGGGAGAGGCCUUAGCUUUGCAGCAAUGGGGGAUUUGGAGAAGCAGGAGAGGGUGGUUGUUGAGGGUUUGGAGGAGGAGGAAAGGGUUGAAGAGAAGGAGAGGCUAUUAGAGGGGAUGGAGGUUUUGGAUUUUGACAUGCUUUGUUCCUCUGUCGCGAUGCAAACUGCCAAUGGGACUUGGGGGAAGCUUGGAGGAACUUUUAGGGAUGAGGAACAACACCUUGGUGUUGCUGGGGUUUUCAGGAUGUGGGAGGGUGAAUUACUUGAUUGUUUCGAUGAUCGCCGCAUCGCUCUUGAAUCUGCAUGUUGUCCAUGCUACCGGUUUGGGAAGAACAUGAAGCGAGCUGGUUUUGGUUCUUGCUUUAUUCAGGCAGUAGUAUAUUUUCUUCUUGCUAUUGGUGCCUUUCUUAACUUUAUUGCUUUUACGGUCACGAGGCGUCACUACUUCCUAUACCUUGGAAUUGCCUUCAUCAUUACUGUGGGAGCAUAUUUAGGUUUCUAUCGAACUCGUGUGCGAAAGAAAUUCAACAUCAAGGGUAGUGAUAGUUCGUUGGACGAUUGCGUUUACCAUUUCAUCUGUCCUUGUUGUACAUUAUGUCAGGAGUCAAGAACACUUGAGAUGAACAACGUUCAAGACGGCACCUGGCAUGGUCGGGGUGACACGAUAUGUAUAGGUGGCUAUAGGGAUGGGAGUAAAGCACUCACUGAGUUAAGUCCUCCUUCUAUUGAGACCAUCAAGCAUUCUGAUCAAAAUUGCACGGAAAAGAGCAUAGACAUCAGCAGUGAAUCUUGAAUCAAGGUGGUGGGGAAGUUUCGAAUCAAUGAUUCUUCAUCUGAAUGCUAUCCCUAGUGUUUGCUCUGUAUGUUUCAUUUCAUGUUUCCCGGCCAAGACAUGAAUGUGAUGACGGUUGUAACACAAAAAUUUAUACUAGGAUUAAGUGGAAACAGUCACAUGAAAUACAACUACCAUAUGAUGUUUCCCUCUAGGAUGUUUCAAAUGUGCAUAUAGAGGCUGUCACUUGCAACUAAUGGGGUGUUAUUUUUAUCAACCCCUGUAGUAUAGUUUUUUAGUGUUAUAGUGUUGAAAGAUUGCCAUCUUAGUUGUUGUACUUGUAUUAUAAUGUAAACUUAUUCAUGCUUUCUUAUGGUCCAAUUUUUACCCUUUUUUCC